AUGGUUGCAAAGUUAAUGGAGUUGUUGGAGGUUUUGGAGGAAAAACCAGAUGAAGAAAAGGUUUUGGAGGAAGCAAAAAGGAAUGAGGUGGUUGGAGGGAGUGAUGGCGAAGAGGAGUUUCUUGAUGGUGUUAAUGAUAAUCAGAGGGAAAAGCUUAGUGAAACAGGUGAAGUUGAUGAUGAGGAAGUGGAGGAGGAUGAGAUGGGUGUUCUUGAAGCAAUGGUGGCGAGGCGAAAGACAAUGGAAGAGGUUGGUGAAGAUAUUCUUGAAUCAAUAUUGGUUGAACCCAUGGCGAGUAGUAGUCAAGAGGUGAAGAAUGCUGACGAGGUGGCUAUGGAGCAUGACAAGCUAAAGAACGCCAAUAAGAAUGAAGGAGAAAGGAAACCGAGGAGAAGAAGAGCCAAGAGUACUAGAACUGACGAGCGUGAUGGUUCAAAUAAUAUGAAGGAAUCCAAACCUGAUUGUAGUGCAGAAAAAGGAUAUGAUGAGGAUCAGAUCAAUAAAAGGAAGGGUGGAGAGAGGAAAGAGAGGAGCGGUAAGAAGAGUAACGGUAAAGGAGAUUUGAGUAGAAGAAAAUGA